AUGGAGGUUCUUAGCUGGUUCACUAGGAAUGACGCUGAAACGAAGGUAAAAAUGUCCCAGGUGAAACAGGUGGGUCUUCUGGCCGCAGGGUGCCAGCCCUGGAACAAGGACGUGUGCGCGGCAAGCGGAGACAGGUUCGCCUACUGUGCAACGCUCGCUAUAUACGUUUACCAGCUUGACCACAGAUAUAAUGAGUUCAAACUGCGAGCGAUCAUGUCUGAACACAAGAAGACCAUAACGGCUAUCUCGUGGUGCCCACACAACCCAGACGUGUUCGCCAGCGCUAGCGCAGACAACCUGCUAAUCAUCUGGAACGUGGCGGAGCAGAAAGCUGUGGCUAGGCUAGAUAACACCAAAGGCAUCCCUGCCUCCCUGAGCUGGUGCUGGAACGCCGGUGACGGAGUGGCGUUCGUCUCUCACCGCGGCCCUCUGUACAUUUGGACAAUCUCUGGGCCGGACUCAGGGGUCACAGUUCACAAAGAAGCCCACAGCUUCCUGUCUGACAUCUGCCUGUUUCGCUGGCACCCAAUCAAAAAAGGCAAAGUGGUGUUCGGACACACCGACGGAAGUUUAUCUAUAUUUCAGCCAGGUUCAAAGAACCAGAAACACGUCUUGCGGCCUGAGUCCCUGGAGGGGACGGAUGAGGAGGACCCGGUCACGGCUUUGGAGUGGGACCCCCUGUCCACUGACUACCUGCUGGUGGCCAACAUGCACAAUGGGAUCCGUCUGGUGGACUCCGAGUCCCUGUCCUGUAUCACCACCUUCACCUUCCCCAGUGCAGCAGCCUCAGUGCAGUGUCUGGCCUGGGUGCCCAGUGCUCCCGGCAUGUUCAUCACCGGAGAUUCUCAGGUGGGUGUGUUGAGAAUAUGGAAUGUAUCAAGGACAACCCCUCUGGAUAAUUUCAAACUGAAGAAGACUGGUUUCCAUGCGUUGCAUGUUCUGAAUUCUCCUCCAGCCAAGAAAUCCUUUAGCUCAAUCUCCCCGACAAAGAACCACUACACGUCCUCUACCAGUGAAGCGGUUCCUCCUCCCACACUGUCCCAGAACCAGGCCUUUUCCCUGCCCCCCGGCCACGCCGUCUGCUGCUUCAUGGACGGAGGUGUGGGCCUUUAUGACAUGGGUGCGAAGAAAUGGGACUUCCUCAGAGACUUGGGUCACGUAGAAACCAUAUUCGAUUGCAAGUUCAAACCAGACGAUCCGAACCUCCUGGCCACGGCCUCUUUUGACGGAACGAUCAAAGUCUGGGACAUCAAUACCUUGACAGCGGUGUACACGUCUCCGGGAAACGAGGGGGUUGUAUAUUCCCUCUCCUGGGCCCCUGGAGAUUUGAACUGCAUAGCCGGGGCCACGUCACGAAACGGUGCCUUUAUCUGGGAUGUGAAAAAAGGCAAAAUGAUCACAAGGUUUAACGAGCAUGGGAAAAACGGAAUCUUUUGCAUUGCCUGGAGCCAUAAGGAUUCUAAGAGAAUUGCUACAUGUAGUGGGGAUGGCUUUUGCAUAAUACGGACCAUUGACGGCAAAGUGUUGCAUAAAUACAAACACCCGGCUGCUGUUUUUGGCUGUGACUGGAGCCAAAACAAUAAGGAUAUGAUUGCGACAGGUUGUGAGGACAAGAAUGUUAGAGUGUACUAUUUGGCCACCAGCUCGGACCAGCCUCUGAAGGUGUUUACGGGUCACACGGCUAAAGUGUUCCACGUGCGCUGGUCUCCCCUCAGAGAGGGGAUCCUCUGCAGUGGCUCCGAUGACGGGACAGUGCGUAUUUGGGAUUACACGCAGGACGCCUGCAUCAACGUCUUGAGCGGACACACGGCCCCCGUCAGAGGUUUGAUGUGGAACACGGAGGUGCCCUACCUGCUGACGUCGGGAAGCUGGGACUACACCAUCCGCGUUUGGGACACGCGGGACGGGACGUGCCUGGACACGGUCUACGACCACGGAGCGGACGUCUACGGCCUAACCUGUCACCCCAGUCGCCCGUUCACCAUGGCCUCCUGCUCCAGAGACUCCACAGUGAGACUGUGGUCCCUGACCCCCCUUAUCGCUCCUCUACUGGUCAACAUCCUGACCGACCACAGCUGGGACGACAUCAUCGGGAACACGGAUCGGGCCAUGGUUCCAGGUGCGCCUCCGCUCCUGUGCGGUAAAGUGUCCAGGGACAUCAAGCAGGAGCUGGACAAACUCAGCAGUGACGUUCGCGUGAAGAAGCUGAGGUGGUUCUCGGAGUGUUUUUCACCGCCUGGCGGUAGCCAUAAUCUGUGGGAUUUGGUCGCCGUGAUAAACGGACAAGAUGACAGCCUGUUACCCCAGAACUACGGCCAAGGCAUCAUGCAUAUGAAACACCUGGUCCGCUUUAAAACGUCUGAAGCCCAGGAGUUGACCAUAGUAAAAAUGUCCAAGUUUGGUGGAGGGAUUGGAGCACCCAGUAAAGAGGAAAGACUAAAGGCGGCAGCGGAGAUCCACCUCAGACUGGGUCAGAUUCAGAGAUACUGUGAACUCAUGGUGGAGCUGGGAGAGUGGGAAAAAGCGUUAUCUGUGGCUCCGGGCGUAUCAAUGAAAUACUGGAAGAAACUGAUGCAAAGGAGAGCAGACCAGCUCAUGCAGGAGGGGAAUGAUGAUGUCAUCCCGUACUGCAUCGCCACGGGCGAUGUUAAAAAGCUGGUGAAUUUCUUCUGCUCCAGAGGCCAGCUGAAGGAAGCUCUUCUCGUGGCUCAGGGGGCCUGUGAGGGAAAUAUCCAUGGGCCCCAGAUGUCCUCAAUCAAUCACUCCACAAGCACAGACAACGAUAAUGUGGAUAUGUAUAGCGGGCUGUUACAUCGUGUGUGUGAAGAACUGGCUGAGUGGUAUUUCCAAGAUGGUGGAGCCGUGCUGGCGGCCUGCUGUCAUUUGGCUGUAGAUAACACUGAGCUGACUAUGGCUAGUCUGAUCAGAGGCAGUGAACUGGAGCUGGCUGUGUGUGUGGGGACAGUGCUGGGGGAAGCAGCCAAUCAGAUGACACAUUAUGCCCUGGAACUCUUAGCCAGGAAGUACAUGACCACUGCAACCUGCUUUCCGUUUGUGACAUACAGGGACCUUGCUGUCCGGUUACUACAGAUGAUUCCAGACAAUGAAAUCCUCUUAGCCAAGCUGUGUGCCUUUUACCCAGGCAGCUCCGCCGAAAUCAACGACCUUCACGAAAAAUGUGGGCUACCAAGUUUGGAGGAAUGUAAAGAUUUAGCAGAGUCAGCACAGAGUGAAGGAGAAAUUUUCACAGCGGUGAAAUAUUAUCUACUGAGUCCUGAACCAGAGAAAGCUCUGCCCAUCGGAAUAACCCAUGUCAAAGAACAGCUCAGUGUACCUGACUGGACAGUCGACUCCGUCCAUCCAAUCCUGGACCUGCUGGGCUACAUCCGAACUGACUGCCUUAUUCUGCCAAAGUGUAGUGGAGAUCGUAAUGAGUUGCUUAUUCUUUGCGGCUAUGUUGGUGCUCUAUUGGCUAUCAGCCGACAAUAUUCCAGCAUCGUCCCAGCCCUGUAUGAAUACACGAGUCAGUUGCUGAAGAGGCGAGAGGUAGCUGUGCCUUUGCAGAUUGAGAAGCUGUCUGUGGAGCUGGAGGCUUGGAGAGCCUGCACACACUCAACCAACAAAGGGGCGGAGGACGCUCCCUACACGCCUCCAUCCGAAGCUCAGAAGAUGGAGUACGGUCAGCUCCUCGGCAGGAUCAGGGCGGAGCCCCUGCGGGGUUUACAGGGCCCUGACUACGUCACCGGCUCCAACCUGCCCAGUCACUCUGACGUGCAGAUCUCCUGUUUCACUGGUCUCAGGAUACAGGGCCCGGUGUUUUUCCUCGAGGAUGGCAAAUCUGCAAUCUCUCUCAACGACGCCUUGAUGUGGGCCAAAGUCAACCCUUUUUCUCCACUGGGGACAGGCAUACGAAUCAACCCCUUUUGA